GAAGCUCUUUGGCAGUGACCUGUUGGCGGACUUGGGAUACAGAUUGUAGUCAAGACUUCCGGCUCGUGGUAUUCUUGUACUUAUAGAGUUAUAUAGUUGUAGAGUAGCUAAUUAGGCUACAGGGCCUCACAGCCAUGUCUACCGAGGAGACCACCUUCACAACAAAUUACGAACUUCUGGAAACCAUCAGCCAGGGCAGGUUUGGUAAAGUGAAUUUAGCAUGGUAUUUGCCAACUGGCACCCAGGUGGCAAUUAAGGUUGUGUCUAAAGAAAGCUUCCACUACUCCUCCUGCCUGUCCAAGGUUUAUCAAGAAAUUAAUAUCUUAAUGAGUUUAAACCACAAAAACAUCAUACGUGCCUUGGAGUCGUUUGACACCAAGGACACUUUAUAUUUAGUAAUGGAAUAUGCCCCUGGAGGGUCACUGGAGGACAACCUUUCCAUACAUGGCCCCAUGAUGGAGGAGGAAGCCCAGAUGGUAUUCCUACAACUGGCAUCGGCACUGGAAUAUUGCCAUAACCAGUGUGUGGUCCACAGAGACCUGAAACCAGCGAAUAUCUUGCUGGAUGGCAUUGGGGCAGUAAAACUUGCCGACUUUGGAGUGAGCACCAGGUUCACCGCGGGCCAGAAGCUGGAUGAAUUCUGCGGCACCAUCUUUUUCAUGGCUCCAGAGGUGCUGAGCUGGCAGGGGUACGAUGGCCCUGCAGUGGACAUAUGGUCGUUCGGGGUGACCUUAUACAUGAUGGUCACGGGAGCGAUUCCAUUCUGGGGUACAACACUGGAAAAGCUGCGGAACUGCGUCCUCCGUGGGGAGUUUACAUUACCACCUAGCCUAUCACAUCAGAUAGAAGAUUUGCUAAAGAACAUCUUGGCACCAGACCCCACGGAGAGGCUCACCCUGGAACAAAUCCAACACCACCCCUGGUUCCACACCAUCCAGGAGAAUGCAGAGUCCCCCCCAGAAUAUGUGGGAAAGACCAUUAAGGUGAAGCCUCUCCACCAUACUCUCUCUAAUGAGAUGAAGGGUUCCUGGCCACCUGUAAUCCCAUCAAGCUUCUCAAGCACAGAGUCAGAGGGGCAGGAAGCCUACAGAGUGUCCUCUCUUUGCCCAGCCACCGUGCCCAGCUUGAACAUAAAAUCCACUCGGCCUCUCUCAGUCUCCCCGCAAGCUGGACCCUCCAGACACUCAGAGGCGAAGUUCAUCAGGCGUCACCCAGCCUGGAAGUCUGGAGAGUUCCCCUUUACCCUGGAGGUGAAGUCCACACCUCGUCGCCAGGCCUCCUUGCCUUCAGCAUCACCCAGGAACCUGGAGGCCCAGCCCAUCACGAAUCCUCCAGCCUCCCUGGGCACAGAAUUGGCCGGCACCCUGGAGGCAACGUCCACCUCGCCUUGCUUGACCUCCGUGCCCGCGGAAUGUGCUGGCACCCUGGAGAUAACAUCCACCUUGCCUUGCUCGGCCUCUGCGCCCACAGAAUCGGCUAGCACCUUGGAGGCAAUGUCCACUCCACCUCAACCAGUCUCCCUGCCCGCAGAAUCAGCCAGCACCAUGGAGGAGCAGUCCACCACUCCUUGCCAAGCCUCACAGCCGGCAGGAUCACCCGGCACUCUGGAGGCAACAUCCACGCUGCCUCACCUGCCCUCCUUGCCCGCUGGAAUGCCAGGCACCCUGGAGGCAGAGCCUACCCUGCCUUGCCUCUCCUCUCCACCCGCAGGAUCAGCCGACAUCCUGGAGACAACGUCCAUUGAGCCAAGCCUGGCCUCCCUACCCAGAGAAUUGCCAGACAACCUGGAGCAACAGCCCACUCUGCCAUGCCCAGCCCUGCUGCCCAGCAGUGGGAAGGCCAGAACCUCAACUCUGAGCCCGGCCCCCGCAGUUGACUCUGGAGCCUCUCUCUGCUGCACCGACAGCACCGACAGCCAUAAUGACCCUGAGGGAGACAAACACCACCAGGGCACAGCCUCUGCCUCACAAGAGAGCCAGGGCCGGCAGGGCAUCACCAGGAGGAUCAUCACCUGUUUAAGAAGGCUGUGCUGCCUGCCGGCCCCCAAGAUCAGGAAAAACCAAGUGGCUCCAACACUGGCAGAGGCUCAAACAUGAGAGCAAGAUGAGCUCGAGGCGCUGUGGCCACGUGUGACAGCAGCGUGGGAGCAGGUGAGGCCUUCGCCAGGAGCAUGGAGUGUGCAGACCGGAUGGGCUGCUCCGUGUGGGACCCCAUCUGGACUGGCCCUGGCCCUGGUGGCAGUCACCUUCAAAGGCAGCAUAGACAAAGCGACAGGAGGGCUGAAAGGACAGUUUGGAGCCAGCUGAGACAGGAGUGCUCUUCACCACCCCCUAGGUGCAAGGAAGCCCACAGCCUGGACACCUGGCCAAGCUCUGCUGGGCUCCCCUAGAAGGAUCAGAUACACAUCGGCCCUGAAGACCUCACUGCCCAUUUGGGAAAAUGAGACAAGUACAGAACUCUACAGAGGAGUACCCUGGUCACAGGAGAGGCAAGGGAGCAGGCCUCAGA